CCGUGUAUAUAUGGUACCUGUGAGCCAGGCUGGUAUGAGUACUAUGACAAUUGUUACUAUGUUUCGGAUUCACGAUACAAUCAUCGGGAUUUGGAACAUGCAUGUGCUUCGAGAAAUGCUAGUUUGUGGAUCUGGCAUUCAACAGAUGAACUGAAAUGGAUGACAAAACUGGUUAGUCAGGGUGCAAGAAUACUUUACUGGACAGAUCUGCAGUUGGUAAACAGACGAUGGAAGUUUAUGGAUGGUACUCCAUAUAAUUCACGAAAUAUACCAUGGUAUAGGAAUAAGGAAGGGGACAGAAACAGUAAUUCAAAUAAAUGUGCUGCAUUGUACUCUUACAAACCAGAUAUUGGAAAAAUACAAGCUAGAAGGUGUACAGAUGGCUGGGGAACUAUAUGUGUCCGACCUAAAGCAAUGCUGGAUCUGUGUGACCUGGCUGAUGGUUGGCAGUAUAGAGAUGGUAGAUGCCUCAAAUUCUUUGAUACUCCACAGUCCUGGUUCAACGCGAGGAAAACUUGCCAAGCAAAUCAAGGAGACCUUACAAUUUACAAGAACUAUGAUGAACUCAGAAGUCUUGACAGUCUUAUCACAUGUCGUACCAUUGAUAAUGUAGCCUGGAUUGGACUCUCAGACACUGUUCAGCCCAGAAUGUGGAGGUGGAUAAAUAACGAUACGGUCAGAUAUUCAAGAUGGUAUUCAUAUGGCAAUCAAAUUUUAAAGAAUGGCUCUACCUGUUCAGCUGCAUCUCCUAUUGAUGGUUGGGCCUGGAGAAACUAUGUUUGUGAUACACAACUCAAGUUUAUAUGUAACAGGUCUCUUGGUGUAUGUCCGGCUGGAUGGUUGCAGAAUCAGGACAGAUGUUAUGAUCCUAAUGUUGUAGAUACUGCCAAGAAAACUUGGUUUGAUGCUAAAACAUACUGUGAGAGUAUUGGAGCUUCUCUUCUUGUUAUCAAUAGUCAGCAGGAACAGUCUUUCAUCAAUGUCACAUUGAAUUCACUGAAAGUGAGCAGGGCAUGGCUCGGAUUUUCAGAUAUGAAUCAGUCAGAUACCUUGCAAUGGUUAGAUGGAAGAUUAGCAAAAAAUGCAAGUUCUUACCAACUGUGGGACAGAAAUUUUCCAAAGCCGAUUGCCAAAAGAUUUGAUUGUGGACUUAUAGUGAAAGGUCUAAUGGAUUCUAGAUGGUCCAAUGUCUACUGCUUUAAGCCAACAGCUUUCUUCUGUGAGAUGUCGAUCACAACAGUUCCCUUCAACCCUACAGUUCCUCCAGUAAACUACAUUUGUGAUCAUGACUGGGUUCUGUUCCGAGGAGAGUGCUACUAUUUUGGACCAGUUCGUAACCAGUCCUUGAAGAACUGGUAUGAUGCCAAUGACUUUUGCAAGAGCUCUGGAGCACAACUGGUUGUCAUUGGAAACCCAUACGAGAUGUCAUUUGUGACUGUUCAGCAGUCAAAAAUUGUUACAGCAUGGAUAGGUCUCAAGUAUGAUAAAUCUAAUGAUGUCUUCAGAUGGGUGGAUGGUUCAACCCCUGGACAAUACUGGGCUAAUGAAACCAAUUUUUACCCUGGUGAACCAGACGAUUACAAGAAUGGACAGGAAUGUAUUCAGAUUAUUGGAGGACGUAGGGAUUAUACAGGAUCAUGGGAUGAUGGAAAUUGCUCAAUACAGCAGGGGUUCAUCUGUGAGAAAAAUGCUGUUCCUAAGGUGAUACUGCCACCAUCAGGCCCACCUGUACCUACUCAGAUUUCACCGCAGUGUGGUUUUGGUUGGAUCUCUAGUACCAGUAAUAAUUUCUGUUACCAAGUGGUUCUUGGACUGCCAAAGACAUGGCAGGGAGCUAAAGCCUAUUGUCAGCAGAAUGGUGGGGACCUACUCAGUAUAUCUGGUGUGAGUGAACAGAAUUUCGUUCAAGCUGUGUUAUCAUCUGGAAAGUAUGCUUCUAUACAGCUGAACUUUUGGAUUGGUGCUACAGACCAGACACAGGAAGGAGGCUGGCACUGGAAUGAUAACACACCAUUCAGGUAUUUGAACUGGCAUCCAGGUGAGCCUAACAAUGUGAUGUUUGGUGCCCAGCCUGAAGACUGUGCUGAGAUGGUACCAGCCUGGAACUACCAGUGGAAUGAUAAAUAUUGUAGCAAGGAACAGGUCUUCAUCUGCAAGAAAAAUGCUCUGAUGACCACUGCUAUAACUGUGGCUCCACCUACAGGUUUCAAUAAAGGUAAUUGUCAUGGAGAGGCCAUGAUAUCAGGGAACUACAGUCUGGUUGAUACAAGGUCAUUCACCUCGUCAACAGCACGCGAUGCUCAACAUUUAGCCAUCAAUUCAAGGCUGUUCCCCGGUAACAUGCAAGACUUUUAUUUUGAUGGAACGGGUUUUCGUUUAAUAACAGGUGGAGCUUGGUCAGCUAAAACUGCAAAUACUAACCAUAUAAGCAGUGACUUUUCUACAACAAAAUUUGUGGUGAAAGGUAUAUCCACAGCUGGACGGACAGAUGUUGAUGAAGGGAUAUUUUCAGCGAACAAUGACUCCUCUACAUCAGUUACAAACGUGCUGUUCUUCCCAUUUGAAGCCAAGCAAGUGAAGCGGUUCCUGUACAAUGCACCAGGGUAUAUCCCUCAGAUGGGAGAUUCUUGGUGCUUGAAGGCAGCCGUUACGCCCGUUACAAAGAUACUUCACCACAUGUUGGAAAACCCCCAAACCUCUGAUACUAACCAGUGGAUUCAGGUAGAUUUAGGUAAUGUAUUUGUGGUUCGUGGUGUAACUGUGAAGGGUAACCCAGCAGCACAGGAGUGGGUAACACAGUUCAGGGUGAAGUAUGGUCUGGAUGGUACCUCAUUCGUCUACUACCAGGAACCAUAUGGAAAACCUAAGACAAUCUCAGGGAAUGUAGAUAACAGUUCGCCUGUAACAUAUUACUUCAAGUCUCAUUUCCAAGCUAAAUUCAUCAGGAUACAACCAACUGGCUGGAACACAGGGAUAGCACUAGCUUUUGAUGUCCUAGUUUGUCAGAAUGGUUGUAAUGGGGUAGCAUUAAUGAGUGGAAAACAUCAUAUUGCUGAUAAACAGUUAAGUGCAUCAUCAGUACUUGAUAACCGACACACCGUCAGUAGAUCUCGUCUAAAUCUCCCGGCCAAUGGAGCUUAUGGCGGAGCAUGGAUACCCAAAUACAGUGAUAAACAGCAAUAUCUGAAGGCAGAUUUGGGGUUUGCGAUACAGAUUACAGGAGUAGCCACCCAGGGUGCAUUUGACUCUGGGGACUGGGUGAAAACAUACAGACUUAGUUAUUCCAGUGAUAAUGUUAAAUGGGUGUAUUACUAUGAAUUAGGAAGCAGUCCAAAGGUAUUUGAUGGUAACUGGGAAAACAAGAUAGUGAGAAAACAUAACCUGUUGAUACCAUUUAUAGCCAGGUAUAUACUGAUAUAUCCUCAGACCUGGAACAACAGAAUCGCUCUCAGAUGGGAACUUUAUGGCUGCCCUGGUGCUGCCUCAGGUGUUAGAAUUGGUUGUUUUGCUGAUGAUGAUCAUGACCGAGACCUUCCCUUUGAGCCUUACACUGACCCCAGGGUGGGAAUGUGGCCCCCAAUGUGUGUGGACCAUUGUUUCAGAAAAGGUUACUACUAUGCAGGGUUACAGGACCAGUUUAAAUGUUUCUGUGGUAACUCAUAUGGCAAGUAUGGUCCAGCAACGGACUGUAAACUCUCGUGUUUUCCAAAGACAAACUUUCAAUGUGGAGGACCAACUUCUAACAUCAUCUAUACAACAGGAAUGUCACCAGAAUUCAAGAUCUGUCCAACCAAUUGGAAGUCUUACAAUAAUCGCUGUUAUAUACUGAUCUUGGACAAGCAGUCAUGGUACGAUGCACGAGCUAGCUGCAAGUCUGAGGGUGGGGAUCUCGCCUCACCCAAUAGUCAGGCAGAGCAGGACUUUGUCUUCAGUCUGCUUCAGUAUGCAAAUGGUCAGAGUACUUGGAUAGGUUUUAAUGACAUACAAGAUGAGUCUGUGUUUAACUGGGCUGAUGGUCGGCAGGUUAAAUACACAAACUGGGGUUUAAACCAACCAAGCCAUACGGCUAAUGCCAACCAAGAUUGUGUUCUAAUGCAGAACAAAUCUGGAGGCUGGCAGGACGCAUCCUGUGAUGUCAGUCACAUGUUUGUGUGUCAGAUGGACAAACAGCGAGCUAGUAAGCCAGUUGCUACAGUAGUACCUACUGGGUGCCGGACUGGCUGGGAUGGGUACCGGUGGUCCUGCUACCUUUAUGGGGAUGCCAAAAGGACUUGGCAAGAGAGCAAAGCAGUGUGUGAAACCUUUGGAGGAUCUUUGGCUCGGAUUGGAGAUAGAUAUGAACAGUCAUAUUUAUCAGGUGUGCUGGGUGCCAGAACAGGACAAUAUUGGAUAGAUGUAAAUGAUCUAGCACAGCCGGGAACCUACCAGCACACUGUUGGAAGACCAUCCCUGGCAUUCACCAACUGGGCAAAAAAUAAACCAGAUGGAACCUCGCAGUGUGUUUCCAUAGGAAGUGGUAACAUGACCGGCUUAUGGAGUAAUCAGCCAUGCACUAACAAGGCUGGGUUAGUAUGUAAGAAGACCAGGGUAGGAUACACUGCUCCAACCCUGCCCCCAGCAACAACCACACUCCCUCCUUGUGACCCAGGACUCAUACAGACACCAAGCUAUUGUUAUCAGGUGAACAAGGUUGCCAGUCAUCUAGAGCGCACCUGGGAUGAAGCUCUGGAUGAUUGUGUAAGCAAGGGAGGUAAUCUUGCUUCAUUCCACAGUGCCGCUGACAUAGACUAUGUAUGGAGAAACGCUCUUGUAGGAACAUCAACAUCAUUUUGGAUUGGUCUUAAUGACAGAGCUUCAGAAAAUGGGUAUGUAUGGACUGAUGGAAGUGCAGUCAAUGUUUUGAACUGGAAUGUUAAACAACCAGACAAUUACAACGGUUUUGAAGACUGUGUGGAGAUGUGGAGUUCUACAUCAAAAUGGAAUGAUGCAGCAUGUAUGUCAAGGAAUAACUGGAUCUGCAUGGUGAAAAGAGGACCAGGUGGACAUUUUACAACAUUGAAAACAGUGACAGCACCAGCCACUCAGUCUAGUGCACUAUGCAAAAGUCUAGUUGGAAGUGGAUGGGUAGCCUAUCAUGGUUCCUGUUACAGAGCUAGUGAUGGAAACGGAGACCAGGGGAAGUCGUGGAGGCAGGCUCGACGGACUUGCCAACAAUCUGGCGGAGAUCUUGCAUCCAUACUCUCUCAGGCAGAACAAGCUUUUAUAUAUCUUACACUGUUGAAGAAUAUAUCUGCAAAUUCAGUGUGGAUUGGCUUGAAUGCUCUUGACCUGAACAAUGGAUAUAAAUGGUCUGAUGGUUCUGUUGUGACAUACUAUAACUGGGGGAAGAAUGAACCAAAUGAUGCUGGCGGAGAGGAAGAUUGUGUAGACAUCUUCCUCAGAACUGGUAACUGGAAUGAUGACCACUGUUCCUACCAGAUGGGAUAUAUUUGUAAAGUACAGUUGGGUAUGCCACCUACCCCACCUGUUCCCACUGGACUAUGGGCAGGAAAUUGUCCAACUGGUUUUAAUCUACUAUAUAACAGAUGCUACAGGAUAUAUCUUACCCCUGUUAACUGGACAACAGCCCUGGCUAAUUGUAAAGGACUAGGGUCUGGCUACAACCUUGCUAGCAUUCUGGAUGAUGUCACAAAUGCCUUUAUAACAACUAUGAUGGCAGCGAUGAAAGUAAAUCCAUGGAUAGGUCUACAUAAGAACUGGGGGAACCAGCUGUUGUGGGUGAACAAUGAUGAAACAACUUAUACUAACUGGGCACACAAUGAACCUAACGGUAAACAAAACGAAGCUUGUGUACAGAUAAUGGGGUAUCCUGGUAUGGUUGGACAGUGGAAUGAUGUAAGCUGUGCAACUACUCAUGGAUAUGUUUGCAUGACAAAGAAAGAUCCAACCAUUAGUACACCAGAACCGGUUCCCAGUAUCUGUGAUGUAAAGCAAGGACAGAAGCUGUUCCAGACUGGGUGCUAUUUCUUUGUACAUAAAGCGGUCAACUGGUCAGCUGCAAAUGAUUACUGUAUUCAACAAGGAGGAGGAUAUUUGUCAUCAAUAAACUCUGGAUUUGAGCAGGCGUAUAUAUACCUGACCAUGAAACAGAACAAUGUUGAUGCAGUUUGGAUUGGUUUGAAUGAUGUCAAGCAAUCUGGAACAUAUACAUGGACAGAUGGUUGGCCAGUGUUGUACACAAACUGGGAUGCUGGGCAGCCGGUAGGUGGUCAAGGGUGUGUGAUUGUCAAUGCUACAGGAAGAUGGAUUGAUACUAACUGUACCUCUCCAUAUCCAUCAAUAUGUAAAAUCUCCUCGGCAUCCCCAUCACUGACCCCACCAGCCCCUAAUGGACUGUGUGACCCUGGUUGGUACUCUUACAGUAGUCAGUGUUACUACCUGGGCGUGAAUAUUCCUAGAACAGCACUGGAUGCUGGUUUCUAUUGUCAACAACAUAAAGGGGCACUUGUAUCCAUUCACAACCAGACAUUGAACCAGUUUCUUGUCAAAACUAUGACAUCAUUGGCUGUCAAUGGUCAGAGCUUCUGGACUGGUUUACAUAAGUCAAUAGAUUGUAAGUAAGAUUGCAGUGUUUAA